AUGGCAACGGUGCAAAUUCUAGACGGUGGUCUUGGAACCUCUCUCCAAGAUCAAUACGGAGUGAGCUUUGAUAGCACCACCACACCUCUCUGGUCAACCCACUUGCUCGUCUCCGAUCCCACAACGCUGCAUGCUUGCCAGAAGGACUUUGGCACGGCAGGGGUAGACGUGCUUCUCACAGCUACAUACCAAGUUUCCCCCGAGGGGUUCGCCCGCACAAAGACUACAGAGUACCCCAAUGGCAUUCCCAAGAAUGCUAUCGGACCAUAUCUGCAGACAGCGGUGGACGUCGCAGAGCGAGCCAAGGUUCGCGAUAGUACCAAAAUCGCGCUCAGUCUGGGCCCGUAUGGUGCGUGCAUGAUUCCAGGACAAGAGUACAGCGGUGCGUAUGACGCCGAGCAUGAUAGUGAGGAGGCGCUGUAUCGCUGGCACUUGGACCGAUUGCGACUUUUCUUGGAGGCGGAGGGGGAUUUGCUCUCGCGUAUGCAAUAUGUUGCGUUCGAGACUUUGCCCCGCCUCGAUGAGAUUCGUGCGGUUAGGAGGGCUAUCCAUGAUGCAGGAAUCACGGUGCCUUUUUGGAUUGCUUGUGUCUUCCCUCGCGAGGACGAUCUUUUGCCGGAUGGAAGCUCGAUUGAACAGAUCGUGCGUGCUGCUGUUGCCCCUAUCGAUGGGGGACGCGUGCCCUGGGGAAUCGGAAUCAACUGCACCAAGCUGCAUAAGCUCUCAGGAUUGAUUGAGAAAUUCGGAGACUGUGUUUCUGCAGCGAUUACUGCUGGUGAUAUCUCUGCUACGCCGAGCUUCGUUUUGUAUCCUGAUGGGACGAAUGGAGAGGUUUACAAUACAACAACGCAAAUCUGGGAGAAGCCAGCUGGCUACAAUGCAAAUGGAGAUCGAGACACGCGCUCUUGGGAAGUCCAACUAGCCCAAGUCGUGAAUAAUGCCAGCAUCCAUGGCCCCUUCAAGGAUUUCCUUGUGGGCGGUUGCUGCAAAGCUUCCCACCAGGACAUUAAGAAGCUUCGCGAGCAGUUCCAAAACUGA